CAGAAAGCAACAUGGCAGCUGAAGUGGAGCGGGUCGACACGGGGCUGCCCGAUUGUCACGAUAAAACGGUUCUGUCGCCUGUUAUGGAUCCGGGGGACCCGGGUUUGAGAUCGGCCGGCACUGGGAGCCAGUUCGCGCGUUGCUUUUCCAAACUGGGCUUGCUGCGACCGACCGACAGCGAGGGCUUCCGAACCGAGAUCAAUCUGCUCUUCGAUCAGCUCAUCUCCGAGAACUACGGGAACAGCUGCCCCGGCGUCAGAGCGGAGGAUGUGUGCACGCUGCUGGUCCAGGCAUGUCGUCUGGUCCCGUUCAGUCAGGAGCAUCUCAUCACUAAGCUGUGCCAGCUCAUACACCACCUGCUCAACAGACUACAGGUGAUCGUGGAUGAGCAGAGUUUGGACUCCCUGCUCCUGUACUCUCUCCAAGCUCUGCGCAGCUGCAGCUCCUGGACACACGGGGAGAUUCUGCAGGCUCUGGCUACACUGGUCUACAGCAACGGACCCAAGUGUCAGAAGCAUCUGCCAGACUUGGUGGGACAAGGAGGAGUUCUUCUGCGCUACAGCGACCCCAGCCAGCCUGACGUGGAAUUGCGCCGAGGAGCGGUGCACUGCAUGGCCAACCUCUGUCUCGGCGUGCCUGGCCAGCCCUACCUGGAUGAAACGUACCGGAAUUCCUGUUUCCAGACAUUCCUUCAGGUUCUGCAGUCUCCUAAACCCGCCAGUGUGGACGACCUUGUCUUCUGCACGCUGCUUCAGAACGCUUUGAAGGGAAUACAGUUUAUACUGAACGGGGGGAAGAUGAAACUGACGCAGAGUGACCAGCUAGGGGCGCUGCUGGCAGUGUUGAAGAAGUACAUGUUCUUUGGGCUGCCUGGGCUGAUCCUGGAGAUGCCCAUGGUUCUGUACCCAUCCCAUCUCCCUCAGUAUGAGGGAAGCCCGACUGCAAAGCAAGAAGCCGCUGACACCCCGGGCUCGUCCAAACAGACUGGGAACAAGAAGAAGAAGUCCCGUGGCAAGAGCAGGAAGGGUGUGUCUGAGGCCAAACAGGACGAGGAGGGGGAGGAGCAGGGGCUGGGGGCGGGGUUUGAGAGGUUGAAGCUGGGUGGAGGAGGAGGAGGGUCAGGGUCAGGGUCAGGGGACUGUGCUGCCCCUCAGUUGUUGGUGCAGACCCCCGGCCCCUCUUCAGGCUUCCUCUACCCCCCCUGGAAGAGGAUCAUCAGCAGCUCUGACUCAGAGUUCUCUGACCCUGAGGGAGGCAUGCAGAGCAAGCUCAGGUUGUACCAGGCUAAAGUUCGGCAGUGUGCCCUGCACUGCUUCCUGUCCACUGUGAAGUGCAUUGAGAAGAAAGCCCUGUACGGUUACUGGUCCUCCUUCAUCCCUGACGCCCCUGGCAUAGGGAGCCCUCAGUCCGUGUCGCUGCUCACCAUCGCGCUCAAGGACCCUUCACCGAAGGCCCGGGCAGGCUCUCUGCAGGUCUUGUCUGCAAUCCUCGAGGGCUCCAAGCAGUUCCUGUCGGUCGCGCAGGACACCACCGACCACAAGAGGGCGUUCACCCCCUUCUCUGCCAUGCUGGCCUCCAGCAUCCGUGAGCUGCACCGCUGCCUCCUGCUGGCGCUGGUCGCAGAGACCUCCUCCCAGACCCUCACUCAGAUUAUCAAGUGCCUUGCCAACAUGGUGUCCAACGUUCCUUACAGCCGCCUGAGACCAGGGCUGCUCAGCCCACUCUGGAGGCAGAUCAAGCCCUACAUCAGACACCGAGAUGUGAAUGUGCGUGUUUCCAGCCUGACCCUGCUGGGGGCACUAGUCUCUGCCCAGGCACCCCUCUCGGAGGUGGAGCUUCUCUUGCGGCAGCCGAGCUCCUCAAGUCGGAAUAGCAGCGGAGCGGGGACCCCCCAGGAACCCCGAGAGAGCUGGAGGAAGCCCCCCAUGAACCCCGGAACCCCCCCUGUUGACAGUCCCCCAGCGGAACCCUGCUGGCUGCUUCGCCUCUGCAUUUCCCUGGUCAUGCUCCCCCGUGAGGAGCCCCCCUACUCUGACAGCGACGGCGGUACAGCCCAGUCCGGCAGCGUCUACGAGCCCUCGCCCAUCCGACUGGAGGCACUGCAGGUGCUGGCUCACCUUGUGAAGGGCUACUUCUCCAUAGCGCAGUCCUACCUGCUCGAGAUGGGAGAAGUGGCCUGUAAGUGCAUGAAGGAGAUGGAUCCCUCAGUGCAGCUGCAUGGAGCGAAGCUGCUGGAGGAGCUGGGAUCUGGAAUAAUCCAGCAGCAUAAGACCGAUUCCCAGGUACCCCUGGACAAGAGAGUGGCUCUCAACCAGGUGGUGACCUUCUGGCUGGUGAUGCUGAACGGGCCACUGCCGGGAGCUCUGCAGAAUACCCAGCACCCAACCCUGCAGACCAGUGCCUGCGAUGCGCUCUCAUCCAUCCUACCUGAAGCCUUCAGCAGCCUGCCUGAUAACCGUCAGAUCCUGUGCAUCACGAUGCUGCUCGGACUGAACCACAGUGAGAACUCGCUGGUCAAGGCAGCGUCGGUCCGAGCCCUGGGAGUCUACGUCCUGUUCCCCUGCCUGCGAGAGGACGUGAUGUUUGUGGCAGACACGGCUAAUGCCAUCCUCACAUCAUUGGAUGACCGAUCUCCCAAUGUGCGCGCCAAGGCAGCCUGGUCCCUGGGCAACCUCACAGACACACUCAUAUUCAACAUGGAGUCCAUGGGCCUCUGCUUUCAGGAGGAGUUCUCUGAUCUGCUGCUAUUAAAAAUGCUGAAGUCUGCAACCCAGGCCUCCAGCGAUAAAGACCGGGUGAAGAGCAAUGCAGUGCGCGCUCUGGGGAACCUGCUGCACUUCCUGCAGCCUCACCACGUCAGCAAGCCACGCUUCACGACCGUGGUGGAGGACUCGAUCCAGGCGCUGAUCCGCACGGUGCAGGGCGAGGCCACCAUGAAGGUGCGCUGGAACGCCUGCUACGCGCUGGGCAACACCUUCCGCAACCCCUCUCUGCCGUUGGGAACCGCUCCCUGGACCUCGCAAGCCUACAGCGCCCUGACCUCGGUGGUGAAAUCCUGCAAGAACUUCAAGGUUCGCAUCAAAUCGGCCAUGGCGCUGUCCAUCCCAAGCAGCAGGGGGCGCUAUGGGGACACGGAGCAGUUCGGGGAGGUGUGGGAGGCCCUGGUGCAGGCGCUGGAGCGCAGCGAUGAGACAGAGGACUUCCUGGAGUACAAAUACUGCGCCAGCCUGCGGGCACAGCUCUGCCAGGCCCUGCUGCACCUCCUGGGGCUGGCCAGCCUAGCUGACCUGCCCCGCAUCCACGCCACCCUGGCAGAGAAGGGGGAGGUGAUCAGGAGCUACAUGGUGCAAUACCUCUGCACCUCCACUGAGGGGGAGGAUGUCGGCUCCUGCCCCGAGCCCCAGGAGAGGGUGCGGGUCCUAGAGAGGAGCAUCGAGCACCUGCACGGGCUGCAGGAGAAGCAAGGGGAGGCUCAGGGCACGGCUCUGACUGUUGUCAGGUACCUGGAGACCAUUCUGAAGAGGUGCACUGAUCGUGAGCCACAGUGAGAAUGGGGUAGAUGGAACACAGUGACGUUCCAGUCACACCUGCCUGGUAUCGCCACAGUGAAAUGAGCCGGGACAGACUGUAGUGGGAGUCCCGUUACAUCAGUCGAUUUCCAACACUUUAAGAAGCUUGGAAAGUUGCUGUGCAGUAUUGAAAUCAUUUGUUUUUGCAGCUUUGUGUUGUUUUUAAUGGAUUACUUGUGUGGCAUGUCAGCAGGGUCACAGACUGCAGAGAAUGUGCACUCAUGGAGGCUCUUGUAAUGAAUACAGUUUUUUUAAAUAA